AUGGAUGUGGAAACCGAAGAAACGUUCAAACCAACCGACCAAAGCACGCAAGAUGCCAACGACCUCGCUGAAUUUGGCCACCAGCAAAUCCUCGCCCGCAAGUUCAACAUCUGGAGCAUGCUAGCGUUAGCAUUCUGCGUGCUGGGAACAUGGUCAACCUUCGCACAAGAUCUCUCUGACGGCCUGGUCAACGGCGGCCCUGUUUCGAUCCUAUGGGGACUAGCUCUUGUGACGUUCUGCAAUACCUGUGUCGCGCUCUCACUGGGCGAGAUCUGUAGCAGCAUGCCCACUGCCCUCGGACAGGCGUAUUGGGUCUAUCGUCUCUGGGAUUCACGAUUCGGACGAUUCCUCUCAUACAUGUGUGCUUGGAUUAAUGUUUUUGGGUGGUGGACACUGGCCGCCUCUCAGGUGGCGUUUAUGACUAAUUUCCUUCUCGGUAUGAAGGUUAUGUUCAGUCCGGCCUGGACCGGUGCUUCAAAGGGGUGGCUUGAAUUUGUGGUUUAUAUUGCGUGUGUCUUUAUCCUCACGCUGAUCAAUGUGAUGGGUUGUCGGAAGGAGAAAUUUCUGCCGUGGCUGAACAAUUUUGUCGGAGUCUGGUUCUUUGGACUAUUCUUUGUUUUUUGUCUUGCCCUGCUUAUUUCAGUGGGAACGAAAGAGGGUCUCUCUUACCAGCCUGCCUCUUUCGCGUUUGGAAAGUGGAUCAACCAAACCGGCUGGCCGGAUGGCGUUGUCUGGUUUAUUGGUCUAGUCCAAGCUGCAUAUGGACUGACUGCCUUUGACGCCGUGAUUCACUUAGUAGAGGAGAUCCCUGCACCUCGCAAGAAUGCACCGAAAGUGAUUUACCUCUCUGUGGUCUCCGGGGCAGCCAGCGGUUUCAUCUUGAUGAUGGUCUGCCUCUUCUGUAUUCAAAAGGUGAAUACAGUGGUAGACUCACCCAGUGGCCUACCAUUCAUGGAACUUGUCCAAGAAACAGUGGGUCGGACUGGCGGUGCAGUGCUAAUUGCCUUGUUCAUCAUGAAUGGCCUAGGCCAGGGAAUCAGCAUCGUGACCACAGCAUCUCGCCUCACCUGGGGCUUUGCCCGCGAUGGCGGUCUCCCCUUCAGCGCCUACCUUUCAGAAGUGAGUCCUUACUGGAAAGCUCCCGUCAGGGCGCUCUGGUUCCAGGGAGCUAUCAUAGCCCUGGUUGGAGUUUUGUUCCUAUUCGCAGAGACAGUGCUGAACGCGAUCCUCAGCGUCAGCACCAUCGCCCUGACGAUCUCGUACGGGCUGCCCAUUAUGACUCUGCUGCUGAUGGGCCGCGACAAGCUCCCGCCUGGUGGCCAGUUCAACCUUGGUAGACUGGGUGCACUUGUAAACUGGGUCUCCCUUGUGUAUUGCUGUGUGACGACCGUCUUCUUUUUCUUCCCUAGCGCGCCCAAUCCUUCGGGCGGUGAUAUGAAUUACGCCAUUGGGGUGUUUGGCGUCAUGCUUGUUAUUGCUGUGCUGUUCUGGUUUGUCCAGGGAAGUCGCACCUAUCUCAACACUGAGGAAUCAACACAUGUUAUUCAGGCUCAUGUGGUUACGAAUGAUCUGCUGCCUGAGUCAAAAAAGGAACACUGA